UAUCAAACUCGACUACCAUCUUUCUCAAUCUCCUCAAUCUCAUCUUGGUAUCCCACUCCCUUCCUUCUCGACACUACCAUUUUAAGAUCCAACGCUCGACGCUCGACAUUGACUUUUCAACACCGACGACGCUCGAAGCUCAUACAAGUCAACCCGACAAUUACACUCUUUUCAUCUUGACCACCCACGAAACUCGCAGGUCGUCAAUCCCAAUCCCUUUGUCUCUUUCAACCCGUGCGAUUUGACAAUCUCUUACGACACUACGACUCAUUCGAUCGAUUCAUCAGGUCUACAACAGUUUGCAACUACUUGUUCACUUUGUCUAGACGACCCAGAAAGCAUUUCAGAAAUAAACAAAUAAACAAAUAAAAUAUAUAUCGACAAUGUUGAAAUUUGGUAUAACCAUCGCCGCUUUGGCUCUUUCGCUCCGUCCCGUGUUGGCAGGUAUAUACUGUACGGGACCUGUAGCUAGUACCAAGGCAGUAGGUGGACAAACUUUGAAUGUUUCUUGGGCCGACGAUGGUACUGCCCCCUUCCUCAAGGACAUCGGAGCAACUGCCAUCGAUAUCUACACCGGUUCGGUAAACCAACAAGUCUGGUUACAGCAACUUGCUGCUUCGGUGGAUGUUAGCAGGACGGCGAGCAUAACGACCACUAUUGAUCCCAAAAUUGGACCGGAUGGCGCGGUAUACUUUGUCCGAUUCACUUCGCUCAAUCUGGCUGAUACUUCGAAUCCGAAAUACAAGUAUGAAGCCUUUUCUGCUCAAUUUGAAAUCACCAACAUGCAGGGUACUUUCAAUUCCACAGUCCUUGCUGAGAUUUCUGCCGGAGCUGCUUCUGGUCUUCCGUCAGCUACGGCAAGCUUAUCGAAAUCUUCCUCAUCUAGCUCUAAAUCAUCAGCACCAUCAUCUUCCAAAUCAUCUACGACCACCAGUGGAUCUAUCACUAACGCUUUACCUCUUUCUCCAUUGGUAUUAUUACUUCUUCCCCUUCUCGCCAUUUUGUUCUGAACUUCCUCGGAGAAAAACGAUACCGUCUUUUUCUGUGAAGUCAUCAUGUGAGAGGUAUGAGGAAUGAUUUUAUCAGAAUGUCUCUUGGAAGAAAUACGAGGAACGAUCAACGAAGGACAAUAAAAGGGUAUUUUUUGUUCCAUCAAGUGGGAAAUACGAUCAUGUUGAGGGGGUUUCUUUUCUUUUUUUUGAAGAUGGAAGUGUAGUUUGGGGAGAUGGUAAGGUUGGAUGAUGAAGACCUAGAAGGUCUGGUGGAAAGAUGAAUGACGAUGUUGUUUUUUUUGUUC